UUGGCUCCGGACCAGGCAUUUCCAUUCAUUUCAAUGAGGAGUUUAGUCAUGAUGCCGCUCUGAAGUCACGUCUGUAAACGAGACGCGUGAGCUUGGUGGGUGACGAAGGGUGCGAAAGGGGCGUGCUGGAAGCAAACAUCACAGGCUACCCGAUCCUUUUGCUACGGUUCCUGCCUCGCCAUUAAUCCUACGUCUGAACGAAGCGAGGCUGUCCUGUCUUACCGCCCCCCCCCCUCCCUCGCUCCUUUACCGGGCGCCAGAUGCACUCCGGUGGCUGCGGUUGGAUCGUCCGGAUGUGAUCUCCGCGGAUCCCCGGGAGCAGAAAUGAAAGCCGCACUGCCAUAAAGGAGCGUCGAGUCUCCGCGUCGGCCCCUUUUCAGUGGAGCGCUGACUUUGACCGGCGGAGAGAUGAGGAUUCCUCGGACCGAUUUAGCCUUGACAUUCUGGCUAUUCAUAGAGGCUAUAGAGGCCAAAAAGUACUGCUGGUAUUUUGAAGGUGGCUACCCCAUAUACUUCAUAUGUCGCUCAUACGAGGACUGCUGCGGGACUCGCUGCUGUGUGAGAGCUCUGUCCAUCCAGAGACUCUGGUAUUUCUGGGUGCUGCUGAUGAUGGGCGUGCUGUUCUGCUGCGGCGCCGGCUUCUUGAUCCGUCGAAGGAUGUACCCGUCGUCUCUGAGAGAUGAGCCUGCCUUCAACGUGUCCUUCACCAGACACGCCGUCACCACGCCGGUUUCCCAGCAGCCAGGAAGCGUGCAGGGCUUCAGCGUGAACGGGAUGACGGCCGGUGACCCAGCGCUCGCCAUGACGCACCCCGCGUACCCGCCGCAGCCCGGCUCCGCCCACAUGAUGCUGGCCUCUUACCCGCCACCGCCAUCUUACUGCAACCACCCACCACCGUCCUAUGAACAAAUUUUCCACAACGGGGACAAGAAGUAACAAUCGCACAAAAAAAAAAAAAAGGGAAGAAGGAAGGCCCGCUGUUUGUUGGACCUUAACUGUUUGUCUGAGAACACCGGCACCCCGCCGUUUGUUGCCCUGAAGAAAGGACUAAAAAUAAAUAAAUAAAUAAAAACGCAACAGGCACAGCAAUCUAGAUGCAUGGUCACAGCUUCAUUUGCAUUCACCACUUAUUUUCUCUUCGUUCAAGUGGAUCAAGUGGAUUCACACUCACCAGCUUCCUUUUGCCUCCCAGCUGCACAAUGUAUAAUGCCAACAAAACGGGAUGCCAUUUGAUUCAAUGAAAACUUUUUUUUUGUUUAUUUUUUAGUAUUUUCAAAUGAUCUGUCGCAAAGAUAAAUAACGAGAGAAGUUUUGUUGAAGGCCGAUGUACAGAUACGAUUCGACUUCAGCUACUUCCAUGACGGCUUUAAUAUUUUGAGGAGUAUUUAGAUUUUUUUUUUUUUUCACGAAUUCAAAAAGUGUGAAAAGUAAAUUCUGACAAGGGAUUAGCACUUGCAGUAAGUUCACUACGUUGUGUUUGGGACAAAUGGACCUGCCACCAAACAGCAAUACCCCACGACCGUCUCGACAACUUGACCAAUUAAGUAUGUACUGUUAAUCAGAAGCUAAUGCAUUUAGCUAACGCUAAUCUUCACGUCCAACAAAACCUUUUGUCUUAGAGGUGACAACAAUGGCAUUAUAUGUGGGGUAGAUUGGAAUGUUUACAAAUGAGAGUUUCACUGUACUGCAGUCUGGCCAUUGCUUGAAAGUAGCUUUGGAUCUUCCUCCAGAUGAGCAAGUUAUGACAUGUGCUGAGAAACUGGUGUUGACACACUUGGUUUGUGCAGGAACUCUAUUGACCAAACAAUACACGGUCAAGUGUCCAUAAUACGUCCCUUUUUCAGUUACCAAAUAUGGUUCACUUCCCAAUACAUUUAUUACAUUGUCGUUAAGACCGGCUCAUGUUUGUUCCCAUUUCCCCUGUUUGGAGAAAAUGUAAUCCUGAAAUGAUUGCCUUCCCUUUUUAUAGUCCAUUCAGACUGGACAAAAAGCCUGAACACUGACAAACGCCACAUCAAUUAGGUGUGUCACAGGGACGUGGUUAAGUUCCUCAUUUGUUUUCUUUCAAAACUGGACUAACAUUCAUUGAUUCUUCUUGUCCCAUUUACAAAACACAAUAAACAGACUUGAACCACAAUGGCUUUUUGGGGGGUAAAAUUUAUUGCAAAACAAAUGUUACAUUUUUUUUCAGCUUAUACAAUAUUAUUACAUACCGGCUGGUCAAACACGACACGUUUUGGAUAAAAACACAGUGAGGGACAACAUUUCAUGAGAAUGAGGCAUUUGUGUGCAUUCAUACGCUGUCGGCCUCAACGACUUUUGUGUUAGGAGCAGAAUAUAGUUUAUAGUAUCUCUUCUUUUUUUAAAAAAUUCAUUUGCAUGUGACUUUUCGGAACUAUUUGUUUGCAAACCUUUUAUUUGGGUGCAAUAUUUUACUGGGCAAAACAUUUUAAUUGAAUCAUCGCUGAAAUAGUUUUCUUUUGUCUACAUCUAAGUACUAAGUUUCUGUAUUUAUUUCUUUUUUUAAAAAACGCUAUUGUCGGUACUUUGAGAGCCGAGUGUUGUUUGAGGGUGUACUUUUGUAAAAACUUUGUGAACCACUACUUCUGCUGAAUAACAACGCUGGAUGAAUAAUUCACGAGCCAGUUUGUGUUUUUGCCACCAUUUCAGAGGCUAAUUAUUUCAUUUCUGGGUUGUUAGCAAACACGCAUUCAUGUGUAUGGCUUCUUACUAAACACACACCCC